CCGGUUUUUCGCGGGCGGAGAACAGUGACGACCAGCGUUCAACCUUUCCUCGGAGCUGCCCUGUUAUCGCACCUGUGCACCAGCCGGCCCCAAAAACAUGCGAAGCGUGCCCGAGGCGACUCGGCAUCAUGAAACAGAAAUCUCGGCGUUCCAACAUGCUGCCGCGCCACCGGAUCAUCGCCGUCCUUCUCGCUCUCGUCGUCUCGCUGUUCGUGUGCUUCACGCAUCUGAACAGGAAUUUGACCCCGGCGCUUCCGUACACGUACACGUACAUGACAGUGGCGACCACCGCGUCUCGCGAAAUCAUCAAUGCUACUCUAGGGGUAUUCCACCCUGCCUUUCUUGAGGGCCAAUGACCCCCCUGACCCGUCAAUGAUUUGCCCUACAGUUCCAGCGUAUUUUCGCCAUCAACCUUCCUGCGCGCUCCGAUCGCCGCGACGCCAUGACCCUGGCUGCCGCGCUGAGCGGGCUUGAAAUCACAUGGGUCAAUGGCGUUGCGGGACAGGAUGUUCCAGACAAGGUGCUACCUGGAGACCCGGAGAGCCGGCAGGGCGGGCUUACAGUGGGCAGCAAGGGCUGCUGGAGGGCCCAUAUGGAUGUUUUGCAGCGGAUUGUCCGCGAAAACAUCACCAGCGCCCUUAUCCUCGAAGACGACGCUGACUGGGAUGUCCGGCUGAAGGCACAGAUGCAAGUGUUCGCCCAAGCGGCCCGAGCCUUCACUCAGCCAUUGCAGGGGCAGCCGUUAUCCGAGCAGUACCGUCAGGGCCCGCAACCCGAGCUUCCGUUUGCGAAGUUGCCGCAUCGCAACCUCCGCCCCAGCCUCUCCGCGUACGGCGACGACUGGGAUCUCCUCUGGCUAGGCCACUGUGGCACGGACUUUCCGGCCGCACAAGCCCCCAGCAAACCGCCGCCGCUGCGAGUGACCAUUGAGAAUGAUAUGACCGUGCCGUCUCACCAGCACCUCAAACCGCACCCCUUUGCUCUGCGAGACGACCUUGCGGAGAAAUAUCCGCCGCACACCAGAGUCGUCCAUGCUUCGAGCGGGACCACGUGCACACAGGCAUAUGCGGUCAGCCGGAAGGGCGCGAGGAAGCUGCUGUGGCAGUUCGGGGUGGAGACAAUGACAGCGGGCUGGGACUUGAUGCUGCGAGACUGGUGCGACCGUCUUUAUGAGCAUCCUGCGGGAUCAAACCCAAACCCGGCCGAGGCGACAUCCAGGAGAAGGGCACCAGUCUGUGUGACGGUGCAGCCGCCUCUGUUCACUCAUCACUAUGGUAAGGGCGCGGCAUCAGACAUUACGGCAGCCGGGGGAGGCUUUGUCAAUAGGGACAAGGAGAUGACGCCUUAUGUCAGGCUCAGUGUCAGACUGAAUAUGGGGAGGCUGGUGAACGGAGAGCCGCCAGUGGACCAGUGGGAAGACGGUUGAUGCUGACUGGGGUGUUUUAAAUGUACAAAAGACGUGGUCUGCGCACACAGGUUCAUCGUUGGCCGUCCCUAUCGCGAAUCCCAAUGGACUGACCCUGCCCGCAGUGCCCAUAAAAUCAGCUAUAAUUCCCGGCACUGCACACGCAUGACC